CUUGCUUGAUCAGAAGCUACCAAGAAGCAGAAACCCAAAUCAGAUAUAGAGAGAGAGAGAGAGAGAGAGAGAGAGAGAGAGAGCGAAAGAGAUAGAAUGGUUGCUUAUAUAUGAGCCCAAGGCAUAACAGUGUAGAGAGUCAGAUCCUUAAGAAAUGUGCCAGUACCUUUAUAUCAUCUUAUCUCUUCACUCCCUUUGCUAGACAUAUACAUACUCUCUCUCUCUCUCUCUCUCUCUCUCUCUCUCUCUCUCUCUCUUCAUUCUCUGGGCCAUGAAAGCAUAUCCUUCUCUCUCAUUGAAGUAGCCCCUAUUCUCUCUCUCUCUCUCUCUCUACAACCAUCCUAACUAGAAUCAACUAUGAUACCCCACAGUGAUCCAAAUGAUGGGCCAGGAACCAUGAAGCUCAUAGAGGAACUAACCACCAAUGCAGGCCAAGUCCAACAACAAGUUCUAAAGGAGAUCUUAACAGGAAAUGCCAACACUGAGUAUCUUCACGGCUUCCUUAAUGGCGAGACCGAUCGCAGCCUCUUCCGGCGGAGAGUACCUAUUGUCGAUUACGAUAGAGUCAAGCCUUAUAUCGAGCGGAUCGCCAACGGCGAACCAUCUGAUAUAAUCUCUUCAAAACCAAUUGUAGAGCUCCUCACAAGCUCUGGGACUUCAGGGGGGCAGCCAAAGAUGAUGCCUUCCACCGAAGAAGAUCUCGAUCGAAAGACUUUUAUGUACAACCUUCUAAUCCCUGUGAUGAACCAGUACGUGGACGGGCUCGACCGAGGGAAAGGGAUGUACCUCCUCUUCAUAAAGCCCGAGAUCAGCACACCCUCGGGCCUGACCGCGAGGCCCGUCCUCACCAGCUACUACAAGAGCCGCCACUUCCGCGACCGGCCCUUCAACCGGUUCAACGUCUACACGAGCCCCGACGAGACCAUCCUCUGCGCAGACAGCAAGCAAAGCAUGUACUGCCAGCUCCUCUGCGGCCUCGCCCAGCGCUCCGACGUUCUCCGGGUCGGGGCCGUCUUCGCCUCCGCGUUCCUCCGCGCGCUCAAGUUCUUAGAAGACCACUGGGAAGAGCUGUGCUCCGACAUCCGAACCGGCACCGUAAGCGAGUGGAUCGCCGAUCCCUCCUGUCGGGACGCCACUCAGCGGGUUCUACAACAACCCAAUCCGGAUCUCGCAGCGUCGAUUGCGAAAGAGUGCGCGAAAGAGCCGUGGGAAGGGAUAGUGAAGAGACUAUGGCCGAGAACCAAGUACAUAGACGUUAUAGUAACGGGUUCGAUGGCGCAAUACAUACCACUGCUCGAGUUCUACGGAGGGGGAUUACCGUUGGUUUCGACGAUGUACGCGUCGUCGGAGUGUUACUUUGGGAUCAAUUUGAGGCCGUUGGAUCUCCCCGGGGAUGUAUCUUACACGUUGCUUCCCAAUAUGUGCUACUACGAGUUCAUAAAGGUGGAGAAGAACGAAGAGGAGGAGAGAGAUGAGGCUUUGGAGUGUAAUGGUGAUGGUAACAUUGAAAAUAAUGAGAAUAGUAAUAAUAAUAAUAAUAAUAAUAAUAAUAAUGAUAUUAAAAAUAAUACAAAGGUGGUGGAUCUCGUGGACGUGGAGGAGGGAUGCUACUACGAGUUGGUGGUCACCACAUUUACAGGUUUGUACCGGUACCGCGUCGGCGACAUACUAAUGGUGACAGGGUUCCACAACGCAGCACCGCAAUUCCGCUUUGUCCACCGCCGCAACGUCGUGCUCAGUGUCGACACCGACAAGACCAGCGAAGAAGACCUCCUCAAUGCAGUGGCGAGCGCCAAGCUCCUCCUCCGCCCUCUAGGGUGCCUGCUCACCGAAUACACCAGCUACGCUGACACCUCGUCCAUCCCGGGCCACUACGUCCUCUUUUGGGAGAUCAAAUCCUCUGCUGCUGCAGACCUCUCCAACCUUGACCGCACCGUCAUGGAGGAUUGUUGCAUGGCGGUCGAGGCACAGCUCGACUCGGUGUACCGCCGAUGCAGGACCCGUGACCGGUCCAUCGGGCCACUAGAGAUCCGGGUUGUCAGGCCAGGCACGUUCGACGCAUUGAUGGACUUCUGCUUGUUGCAGGGCUCGUCCGUGAACCAGUACAAGACACCAAGGUGCAUCAAGUCGAAGGAGGCGAUCGGAAUUCUGGAGGAGAAGGUGGAGGGAAGGUUCUUCAGCAGAAAUUCCCCCCACUGGGAACCAUUGACAAUGGAGAGAAGAGUUGUUUGAGGAAUAAAACCAAACAGGGGAUGGCGGUGAGAGGGUGUAUGUGGGAAGAGAAGCAGAAGAAGAAGAAGAAGAAGAUUAAGCUUAAGCUUUGUGGGGUUAUAGCAAGUCAAGAAGGAUCCAAGGAUUGGGGUGUUGUGUUCUUAAUUUUAGCUUUAAAAUUUGUGUAAGAGAUAGUAUGGACUUAGUUGGUAGGCUGUAUUUGUGUUACAUUGAUUAUUAGGUCUUAUCUUGAUUGAUCAAUUGGAAUUGGGUUUGAUUGGUUGAUUGCUAUCUUGUCUGAUUUGUUAGUGCACUAAUUGAAUACUGUUAGAUACUUGUUUUAAAGAAGAGAAAAUUCUAGAUUUGGGGUCUCUAUAUAAGCUUGAUUAACCUAAGUCUCUAAUGCACUAAUUUGCGAGAAGAGUCAAAAUUGGAAUCAUCAUCACUGAUCUACAAUUGCAUGCACCCUAGAGUUUCCAGGUAUAAAGUACACGGCACCCCUAAAAUUCUAUUACUGAGGCCUCAAAACCAGAGUUCUAACUCACUGAAUGUGAUCUAUAGCAUUCAAAAGCGUAAAUUAGAAAUUACUCAAUUUUGGACACCUAAUUUUUAUGAAUCCAACAAUUUCAAAAUGAUUAGUCAAAACAUAUGACUAUUUAUACAUAAGCCCUAUCCAUGUAUAAAGUACACAGCACCCCUAAAAUUCUAUUAUUGAAGCCUCGAAAUCAAGAAUUCUAACUCGUUGAAUGUGAUCUAUAACAUUCAAAAGUCUAAACUAGAAAUUACUGAAUUUUGGCCGCGUAGCUUUUAUAAAUCCAAAAAUAGCCUAGAUCAUAAGUUGUCAAAACAU